AUGGUCUAUUGGGCAGACAGACCAGCUCAAGUACGACCAGUGUUAAUGAAUUCCGGUUUGCCAGGUGCAUCGUUAGCCAAGAUUUGGGAAUUAUCUGAUAUUGAUAAGGAUGGGAAAUUGGACCGUAUCGAGAUGAGUAUCGCAUUGCAUUUGGUAUACAACACUCUGAAGGGCGAGUCGAUCCCCCCGAUAUUACCACCCGCUCUGGAUGGGAAAUUGGAUCGUAUCGAGAUGAGUAUCGCAUUGCAUUUGGUUUAUAACACUCUGAAGGGCGAGUCGAUCCCCCCGAUAUUACCACCCGCUCUGGUGCAUCCCAGCAAGGUGGGGAAACAGCACAGAAUGUCGGUGGUUAAAUGGAGUGCAGAGGCACGAGACAAAUCACGUCAUUCAUCAGUGACGUCAUUGGACACUUGCGGUCUGGUGGGCGGGGCUAAGUUCAAUAUUAAUUACUCGGAUUAUACGAACCGUUCGCAGAGCGUGCAGCCGUACAGCAGUAUCAAUGCGCAGACGUCGUGCGCAUCGUUGCCAGCAUUGGAAUCACGAAGCCAAUCCGUGGGAGGAGUGUGGCCAAUAGAGACGAGCUUGUAUGAGGCACAGUUUCUGAAGGCAGACAAGAAUAAGGAC